AUGUUCCUUUUACUUGAACUGUUGGAAAGAACAAACAAGUAUAUGGCAAUCAUCCGAAAACGCAUUGUCCUAAUUCCAUCAAUCAUCACCUGGAUCGACAUCGGGAUCUCCAUUGGUGGAUGGGUCGCCGUUAUGCACGUCCAAAAUGCUUACCUUCCAACACCCUGGAGCCAAGCAAGCACAGCUCUCCUUGCGGUGAUAUACCUGUACUUGGUAGGAGUCUUCGUGGCUUUUUGGCUUCGCCGAAAGGACUACCCCGAGACAGAGCGGUGGGGCAUAACAGGGGUGGCCGUGUGCAUUCCGCUGCUGGCAGUGCGCCUUGCAUACUCCUUAAUUUUCAUCAUUACCUCCGACAUGAAGUUUAAUGCUAUCAAGGGCAAUGCGACCGCUUAUUUGGUCAUGACAAUGUUGCCCGAGGCGUUGAUCAUCGCAAUCUGUACUUGGAUUAUCUUUGACAAGGUCCCAUUGCUAUCCGCAGACGGGAAGCAGCCCGCACGAAAACCCGGAGACGAGGAGAGUCAGGAAAAUAGGCUAUUGGAGCGAUGA